UGUAUGAUUUAGAGAAUAAUUAGUGGUACGAUAUAGUACAACAAAUAAUAAUUUUAUAUCAUGUGAUACAUGUAUAAAUAUAAUUUGCAUAGCAAAUCAUAAAAAAAGCUAGACGUUGUGGAAAUAUAAUGCAGCUAAAUGAGAGAGUUUCUCAAAUACAAAAUGUUAACUCCUGUAUAAUAUUAAGUGAAAAUUUUUUGAAUGUAAAGGGCUGAAGAUAUUGGUUACUGACCUAUAAGUAACUAAAUUUAGAUCUUUAGAUCUAGGUGGGCUUGAAAAUCCAGAUUUAAUGGUUGUGAAUUACAAAUAUGUUAUUUUCUCUAGUUUUCUUAAUUGACUCUUAUCUUUUUCGUUCUAACUUGGAUUUCAUUUUUUUUUCCCCACAGAUGGAAUGAGUUCGUUCUGCUCUACAAAAUAAGAUCAAUUUUCAAUAUUUUUUUAGAAAUGUUUUUCAUACCUCCAGUUACCAACUCCAUACCAUAUGAUAACUUCUUCGUUUUUAAGUUUUUUUUUAUAAAAAAAAUAUUUGCUCAGAAGGAACGACUUCAUCAUGAUCUGUUGGAUCUACAAAUUUAUGGGUGAAAAAAAUACAUACCAAAAAAUUAUCAUACUUUACCACUCUGGUAUGGGGGUGGUAACUUGUGGUAACUUAUGAUAAACAAUAAUGAAAGUUGUAAAUGACAGUUAGUAUACUCCUACUAUCAUGUAUUCAACCUUCCUAUAGUCUUGGUAUGUUCGUACCAUCAUGAUACACUUGUUUUACCAUAUGGUGUGCUCGUAUUUAAUACCAGUUGAAGAAUAAAAAAAAUGUGGAGAGAUGCUCUUGCCUCUCUCCUGGAAAUCUACCGCUUCGUCGGUCGCCUCCUCCUAUCGUUCUUCGUGGCAAUAUUGCAGGCGGCCAUUGCUAAUCAAGUUGGGACAAAAGGAUACAGAACCACCGCCGCUCACGUCGGCAGCCAAUUCUCCGACAAUAUCACGGUGGCGAAAUCAACUCGUGUACCCUCUCCGGGAUUUCGCUCGGGCGCUAAUCAGGCUGUGGCUCGCAAACUGGGAUGCUCAUCCUCCUAUGAUGGAGAACCGGACUCCGACCAACAGCAAACCAAGAAACAACAGGCCUUUCGUAUGACAGCAUGGAGGUUCAAAUUGCCCUCAGCAAGUGAAAUGGAGUGGAUGGAAGAGACCAUACAAGAUAAAAAUGUGAUUGGCGAAGCUGACUUCAGACGCACUUUGUGCAAAUCCAUUCAGUUUGAACUCAGACCCUGAUGUGGGGCGAGUUCCCUGUCAAAUUCCUUUGGGAUGGUAUUGCCAGAAGUGAAUCGUCAGUUCCGGCCGAUGCCGCCUGCCAUGCCGCCGCGGCUGCUGGUGUCUAUGCUAGCCAUCAUCAUCACUAUGUUUCAUUCUUCAUCCCUCCAAAAAAAAUUACUUCAAAACA